UGACAGUUCAUCUAGCGGUUCCAGAGCACUGACCCCACGAAUUCAACGGCUGUCAUCUCCCUGCACCAAACAACGGGUCGGUCUCAUCGCCGUCUUAUGGUUCUCACGGCGGAUUAGGGCCUUCACGCUCCUCCACAUCCGUCUCACUUCACGUCGUUGAUAUUUACUAAUAUUUAGGAAGGCGCCGCCCUGUCCUCUCCGCGCCUUUCCUCGCUGCGACGUUUUCUCUUCCUUACCACUCUGCCCUUCGGUCUCAUGGGUCCAGGUCUCUACUCCGAGAUCGGCAAAAAGGCCCGAGAUCUUCUUUACAAGGAUUAUCAGACUGACCACAAGUUUACCGUCACUACCUGCACCGCAAAUGGAGUCGCAAUUACAGCUUCGGGUACAAGGAAGAAUGAUAUAAUUUUUGGUGAGAUUCAGUCUCAGAUAAAGAACAAUAACAUCACUUUUGAUGUGAAGACAAACUCAGAUUCAAAUGUGACAACUACAGUUACCAUUAAUGAACUUGCCACCCCAGGUUUGAAGACAAUUUUCAGCUUUGUUAUUCCAGAUCAGAGGUCUGGGAAGGUUGAGCUUCACUACUUGCAUGAUUACGCUGGGGUUAAUGCAAGCAUUGGAUUGACUGCAAAUCCUGUGGUUAACUUUUCUGGUGUGGUUGGAUCUAAGACUGUCUCAGUUGGUGCCGAUGUGGCAUUUGAUACUGCAACUGGGAAUUUUAUCAAGUACAAUGCCAGUCUGAGCAUCAGUAAUGCUGAUCUUAUUGCUGCCUUGGCUCUGAAUAACAAGGGAGAUAGCUUGAGUGCUUCCUAUUACCACUUGGUUAACCCUUUGUCAAGCACAGCAGUUGGUGCAGAGCUGACCCAUAGCUUCUCUAGCAACGAGAACACACUCGCCUUUGGAACUCACCAUGCGCUCGACCCUCUGACCACAAUAAAGGCACGCUUCAACAAUUAUGGCAAGGCUAGUGCUCUUAUCCAGCAUGAGUGGAAGCCCAAAUCAUUUUUCACCAUCUCAGGAGAGGUUGACACCAAGGCCAUCGAGAAGAGUUCAAAAAUAGGCUUGUCCUUGGUGCUUAAGCCAUGAUGAAAAGUUCUUGGGUAUUGUUUGCAGUGUACUUCCGUUUCAAAAUUUAAUGGAAUGGAAUAAGUUUAGAAGGAACUAUGCCCCGAUUGGUGGCAGCAUCAUUUUUAGUUGUUGUCAUGCUUGUAGUUGGCAUGGGGGCUUUGGCUCCCUGCUUGUUUUGAUACUAGUCUGUAAGAAUAAUUCUUAUCCAGCGACUGAGACCAGAUGCUGCCCUGCAUAUUACCAUUUUCUUCCUAGAUAUAUAAACUGGUUGUGAGCA